CGCAAAAAUUGCCUUGUAAACUUACAGCGCCAUCUUCGUUUGGAUCCGAGCUCGGGCCGUUUGUUCUUGUUUAAUUUUAUUUUAGAGACAUGCCGCUGUUCAGGUUUUAUGACUUUGACAAGGUUUACACCACACACCAAGGUUUAGAUGGCUUUGGUGGGCUCCCUGACCCAAAGUGCAAGUACUAUGAGGCAGAUUACAUUAGAUGUGCAGCUGAGAUUGGCAUUACCAGGGCUCAAAAAGAAUGUGCUCCAGAGCUAGCAGACUUCAAGGAGUGUGUCACAGGAUCCAAAAGGGUGGAAAGAAUGAAGACAAUUAUCAAGCACAGAGAUCAACUGAUCAAGGAGGGGAAAUACACACCGCCAGCCAAGCAAUAAAGAUUGUUUCAACAUAGUUGUAUUUUAAAUCUUAUGUCUUUAUGAUAGACACUCAGCUAUUUACAAACUGUAUUCUCUGGUUUUCAGCAGGAAGUAAAAUCCAAUUGGAAAAAGAGUACUCCUUCAAUUUUAAAAAAUGUUGCCAAUUCAUGACAAAUGAGUCUUGUAUUUGAUUUGAGUUUUUA